CGGGGCCCGCGCUUUGUGCGGCGUCUGCGGCCCGGACCCGCCCAAGUGACACGUGCACAGCUCCUCCUAGCAUGACUGUGAUCUGAUCAACAACCAAGGUAACUUGACUCCUGUGGCUGGCACUGCUGUGCUGGGGCCUGGUCACUGCCCACAACUACAGAGCUGCCAUGGUUGCUGCCUUCACUUCAACCCCUGUAAAUUCACAACCACAGUUCACAGCCAUGAAUGAACCACAGUGCUUCUACAAUGAGUCCAUUGCCUUCUUUUAUAACCGGAGUGGAAAGUAUCUUGCCACAGAAUGGAACACGGUCAGCAAGCUGGUGAUGGGACUUGGAAUCACUGUCUGUAUCUUCAUCAUGUUGGCCAACCUACUGGUCAUGGUAGCAAUCUAUGUCAACCGCCGCUUCCAUUUUCCUAUUUAUUACUUAAUGGCUAAUCUGGCUGCUGCAGACUUCUUUGCUGGGUUGGCUUAUUUCUACCUGAUGUUCAACACAGGACCCAACACUCGGAGAUUGACUGUCAGCACGUGGCUCCUCCGCCAGGGCCUCAUUGACACCAGCCUGACGGCGUCUGUGGCCAACUUACUGGCUAUUGCGAUUGAGAGGCACAUUACGGUUUUCCGCAUGCAGCUCCACACACGGAUGAGCAACCGGCGGGUGGUGGUGGUGAUUGUGGUCAUCUGGACUAUGGCCAUUGUCAUGGGUGCUAUCCCCAGUGUGGGCUGGAACUGCAUCUGCGAUAUCGAAAAUUGUUCCAACAUGGCACCCCUCUACAGUGACUCUUACUUAGUGUUCUGGGCUAUUUUCAACUUGGUGACCUUUGUCGUCAUGGUGGUUCUCUAUGCUCAUAUCUUUGGCUAUGUUCGCCAGAGGACUAUGAGAAUGUCUCGGCAUAGUUCUGGACCCCGGAGGAAUCGGGAUACCAUGAUGAGUCUUCUGAAGACUGUGGUCAUUGUGCUUGGUGCCUUUAUCAUCUGCUGGACUCCUGGAUUGGUCCUGUUACUUCUCGAUGUGUGCUGUCCACAGUGUGACGUCCUGGCCUAUGAGAAAUUUUUCCUUCUGCUCGCCGAGUUCAACUCCGCCAUGAACCCCAUCAUCUACUCCUAUCGCGACAAGGAGAUGAGUGCCACCUUCAGACAGAUCCUGUGCUGCCAGCGUGGUGACGGCACCAGUGGCCCCACGGAAGGCUCUGACCGCUCAGCUUCCUCCCUCAACCACACCAUCUUGGCCGGAGUUCACAGCAAUGACCACUCUGUGGUUUAGAAAGGCAACUAAGAUGAGAAGCCAGCCAUCAUGGACGGAGGGAUGAACAGC